CCAGUUCUUCACAUCCCUCUCCCAUCUUCAAUCUCCCUUCCUCUCGCUCUCUCCCGGACUAAGGAGAAGAAAAGGAGCAAAUCUAAGAAUAUCGAUGGCGUCAUCGCCGUCGUCGCAGAGGAUCAGCAGCACCGUGGCGGAGGCGGAGGUGCGGCGCGGGCCGUGGACGGUGGACGAGGACCUGACGCUGGUGAACUACAUCGCGGAGCACGGCGAGGGGCGCUGGAACUGCCUGGCCCGGGGCGCCGGGCUGAAGCGCACUGGGAAGAGCUGCCGGCUCCGGUGGCUCAACUACCUCCGCCCCGACGUCAAGCGCGGCAACUUCACCGCCGACGAGCAGCUUCUCAUCCUCGACCUCCACUCCCGUUGGGGCAACAGGUGGUCCAAGAUAGCCCAGCAUCUGCCGGGGAGGACGGACAACGAGAUCAAGAACUAUUGGAGGACCAGGGUGCAGAAGCACGCCAAGCAGCUCAACUGCGAUGCCAACAGCAGCAAGUUCAAGGACGCCAUGAGGUACCUAUGGAUGCCCCGCCUUGCCGACCACCACCGUCUCCACCACCAAGCUAGCGACCAUGCCGCCAUGCCGGCCGGGCAGCAGCCAAUGGGCGGCUAUAUGGAGAGCUCUGGAGGAAUGGCGACAUCAUCCUCGGGCUCAUUCGCAUCGGAGUCAUAUGAUGGGGGGUUCUACUCGGGCUCAUUCGCAUCGGAGUCAUAUGAUGGGGGGUUCUACUCAAACGCUUGCCUAGGCGAGACGAUGCUGAAUGAUGAUGGGAACUGCUGGAUCCAGGAGGCAGGGUUUUGCGCCGAGGCAGCAACGGAUUGUCAGUUUCAGGACACUGAGUUAUCUGGAUGGGUGCAAGGCUUCUCGGAGGGCCUCGCCGAGGACUUUUGGAGUUUGGACGACGUUUGGAAGAUGCAAUGACAUGAUGCAUGCCUUCUUUAAUUUAUGUUCUAAAAGGGGGCUAGCUAGAUGCAUAUACGUACGACGGUUUUAUUGGGGCCGUGUUGAGAUCGAUAUAUAACUUGUAUAUUGAAGAAAUUAAAGCUAGAGUUAGUUUUUAUUCUAACUUCGGAAGUCACUAUAUAUAUGGAGAGAAGUGACUCAAGUUCUUUUCUUCUACCUUUUCAACUUUUCUUUUGUGGGAUAUGAUGUUCAUAAUUUUUUUUCCUCGUAAGGACUGAUCUCUCUUUUGGAUAUUGAAAAGAGGGAGAACUAUAGGCAUGUGCCGCCUUUGUUCAAUGAAUGUACAAGUGCUUACAUAUGCAUGAUUGGAUAGAGUUGAACUUUUGUUCACUUGUAUU